GAAUUACUUCCCCUACAAACAUGGCAGCCUCCUGCGAAAAAAAAAUAUAGAAAACGUAAAUAACUCGAUCCAUCUGUUCUAGCCGAGAAACAACAUUCAGAUUUCAUUCUCGUAUUUGCUUUUGUAUAACACACCAAUCUUUAACAUGGAUUCACAUGCAAGGUCGAGGAGGAAAGCGCUGAAAGUGGCUGUAGGUGCUUUGUGUAAAGAAGUGGGUUUUGGAAUGGCAGAGGAAUCGGCUUUAGAGACAUUAACUGAAAUGUUACAAAGUUUAAUUACAGAAACUGGUAAGAGUACAAAGGCUUACACAGAAUUAAGUGGUCGCACAGAGGUUCUAGUGACUGAUGUUAUAACAGCACUUAUUGAUCAAGGAAUAAAUGUAGAGUCUAUCCCAGCCCAUGCUGUCAGACAGAAUAAAUCAGUCUUCAUCCCACCUGGUCAGAGUUUGCCACAGCCCACACAGAAGGUAUUAUCGGCAGGUGAGAAACAGAAUCAUCCGACGCAUAUACCUGACCAUUUGCCACCCUUUCCAGACCCUCACACUUACAUACGUACAGAGUCUCAUAAACAGCCAGUGUCAGAGUACCAGCUGAUACGAGAGAAAGUGGCAUCCUACAAACGUGACACAGAGAGAGCACUGACCAGAUACGUUGCUAAGACUGGUUUCACACAGAGCUUGUUCAAGGAUGAUACAUCUUCAUUCCCAUUGAUAGCAGUGCAGCCCCAUCCUCACCCCUAUCUGAUGGCUCUCCUACCAAAGGACCAUGAUCUAGACACCCUGGAGCCCUCAGAUAUUCCAAGUGUGAAACAGAAUGAGGGUAUAACCUCGAGAACUGAAGAUACAGAGUCAGGGCAGAAUAAAACUGAAAGCAUAGACACUGAUGCGAUAGACAAUCCUUACCUGCUUCCAAUUAAAAUGCCGAGAUAUAAAAAGUUAAGACUUUCAUAGUGUUUAAAUCCUACUGUAUAAUAUCUUUGUGAAUUGAAAAUAAGAAGGGAAUCCUAAAAUGAAAUGAAAGAGGUAAUAUAAAAGAUGAAGGAAUACACAGAACAUGUGAUAGCAACAGGUGAAAGAAAAGCAAAGUUUAUUCAGUUGUUUUCUGCCAUACCAGCAUAAUGCUACCUGAAGAAUAAUUCUGGUACCUGGCUGCUGUUGGCUGGUCCCAGUGAUGUUUCAGAUGUUACAUGUACCAUAAGACAUUGUACAGAUGUGCUCACACCUUUGUGUUCAGUCUUAUAGUAGCUUCUGAAUUAUUUAGUCAGUUCCUUAUUAGACAUGACUAGCCAGCUGAUUUUUGUCUUGUGUGAACUGGUAUGAAGACAGUAACCAAUUUUUACAUAACAUAAAUAUGAAUUCAAAAAUCCUUGGAUUGCAUGCAAUUGUCCAUAUAUUUCUAAAGAAAUUAUAAUAUUGUAACCAAAAGUUCAUUGUUGCAAGCAUUUACUAUUUUUAUAUAUAAGAAGAUUUUGUGAUCAAGGAAAUGACAAUGUAACUCUUCAUAGACAAAGGGACAUUAUAAAACUGAAUAUUUUCUA